GAAGAGGGCUCUGAUCAAGCAUUUGUCUGAUCAAGUAAUCUGGACUGGAGGAAGGUAGAUAACUAGGAUGUAUAUGGGAUAAAACCUUGCUGCGGCGACUGGAGCUGAAAAGAAAACUUCUUUGGGGUGGGAACAUGGAGGAAACGAUGUGAAAGAAACUUUAUAGGCCUGCCGAGCACGUAGCUCUGGAGUAGAGCGGGUGGGUUAGGAUCUUUCUGAAGCAUUCACUAUGGUCCGGGAACGAAAAUGUAUAUUGUGCCACAUCAUAUACAGCUCAAAAAAGGAGAUGGAUGAGCACAUGAGAAGUAUGCUUCACCACAGGGAACUUGAAAAUCUGAAGGGGAGAGACAGCAAUCAUGAGUGCCAGGUGUGUAGGGUGAUGGUGGUGGGCUUGUCGGCAUAUGCUAAGCAUAUCUCCAGCCAGCUGCACAAAGACAAGAUUGAAGCCCACGAUGGACAGGAAGGGAAGGAAGAGGCUGAUGAAGAAUACUUUGACAAGGAACUCAUCCAGUUAAUCAAACAAAGAAAUGAGCAGAACCGGGCUGGUGAAGUAUGCCGUGCAAACCAUGAAACUAAAACCGAUGACAGAAGAUUGCAAAGACGACAAGAUGAUAGACCUUAUCAAGACAGAGAUGCUUAUGAUUCAUCAAGGUAUCAUCGUGGACCUUCACAGAGGGACUGGAAAUGGGGAAAUGAUGGUUUCUUAAAUUCUAGACAAGGCCAGUUGACACAUUCUGGAAGAAGUCCUAAUAAUGCAAACGGGCAUCUUGGCAGCCAAAGAGGGCGACCUGGAUGGCAUCACAAUUCUGGAAUGCCACUGAAUCGAUAUAACUACUAUGGAAAUACAGGAGGUGCUUGGCAUCAGAAUGCUAGAGGAGGAACAUCUGCGUGGCAUCGUGGUAGGGGAAGAAAUUCCAACUGGAAUUCUGCAGGAACAAAUUGCUUUCCCAAUUGGCAGUCUAAACACUCAGGGGGAAACUGGAAGCCUGGUCAACAAAACGGAAGCGGAUGGAAUUUAGGAAGAAACAAGGCUGCAAAUAAUAGUUCCCAUUUAGACAGCAAGGAUGCUUCCUGGUUAAAAAGCAAUAGUGUCCAGGAUAAAUACAGUAGAGAAACAUAUGCAUGGCAGUGGCAGGAGAGUGGUUCUGUGUCACCUUAUACAGGCCUUGCUAAUGAAAAAGAUAACAUGAAUUGUUUAUUGGAUUUCACUAGUGAUCAGCUUCCUCCAGAUGGGCUAUUAAACUUCAGUAUUUCUGAGCAACCAGAUAGCAAGGCCUCCAAAGUCAAUGGAAAGUGUAACAGCCCUUCCCGAGAAAAGACAAAUCGUUGGGCUCCUUAUCCUUCCCAGAAAACUGUAGAACAGCAACCAUUGUCUGAUGAAAAUGUGGCUAAAACUUCAGAAAAAGCAGAUGCCAUCCAUUGGUCAUCCUCCCAAGCAUCUCCAAAAUGCACAGAACCUAGAACCAACAAUCCAAAACUGAAAAAAUGGGAAGAAGCUUAUACUGUAUCCAACAAACUUGCACAAUCAAAGGGGCUGAUAGAAUGCAUCGGUGAAAAAAAAUCAAACCUAGCUGAAGGCAAAGGCAAUAGGAUGCCAUCUCUGAAGUCUCCACUUCUGGCUAUUCCAGAUGUAAAGUCAUCUCAAAAGAGAAGCCCAAAGAACUUCUUGAAACAAGUACAGCUUUUGUUAUCAUCCUCUUCUGGAGAGAGCCAGAGCCAACUAAAUGCACUAAAUCUGGAAGCUAACAAUUCUUCCUCUUAUGAAUCCAAGCUGAAUAAAUAUGAUUCUAAUAAUUUAAAAAGUAUCAGAGAUGUGAUUGGUGGCAAUGAAAGCCUAUGUGAAGUAUUGCAAAAGGCCAAAGAAGAACUGCAGUGUAGCCAUUCUUUCAAAAACUCUCACUUGGAUCCUUACAGAAGUACACAGACCCAUGAAAAUGAAGACUGGAGUAUUGAGGGUACUACACAUUCUCUAAAGAUGCAUGAGCCCCAGAUAGAUGGAUUGGAAGAGGAAAUCCAUGGAGAUGUAGUGGGAGAUGCCUGCUCAUCAUUUGAUCCUACUGAGUCUGGCCAUACUGAAAAUAAAGAGAACUAUUUAGGAGAAUUGGGGGAAAGUGUUAAAAAAUAUACUGAAUUUCCAGUUGACUCCAUAGACUUCCUAUCAGAUGGUCAACACAACUUAGAAAUUGAGUUGAAAGCAUCACUAGAAGAGGAUGGUGAGGAAGAUGCUACAAAAUCAAAUGAGCAUCCGGAAGACGAAGACUAUGAAGUUCAUUUAAACCAUGAACUGCACAAAGGUUCAGGGGGGCAAACUACAGGCCCUCUUCUUCCUGGCCUUCCAGCAUCUCUCCAAAGGGACUUAACAUGGCGUACCAAUUUGAAAAGCAAAACUGGCUCACAUCUACCUGAACCCAACCUCAACAGUGCAAGGCGCAUUCGAAAUGUUAGUGGCCAUCGAAAGAAUGAAACAGAGAAGGAUUCUGGGCUCAAGCCUACUUUGCGCCAGAUUAUUAGCGUGUCUCGUAGAAAUGUAAACUGGGAACACGUUCUUCAUCAGGUGACCAAGAAGAAACAAGAACUUGGCAAAGGGUUACCAAGGUUUGGCAUUGAGAUGGUUCCCCUCGUCCAGAAUGAACAGGAAGGUCUUGAGUUGAGUGAGGAACCUGAUCUAACCAGUCUUGAAGGAUUCCACUGGGAAGGGAUAUCCAUAGGUUCCCCUGGGCCAGUUAGGAAACGCAGCCUCUCCGAAAGCAGUGUGGCUAUAGAUAAGACGGCCUCUGUUUACAAUUUCUUCAGCAACCAAGGCACAAGCAAAGAACAUGAGCAAAAGCAAAACAGUUCAGUUGUCAACACUGAGAACAUAACAUCCCAGAUGCAUGCAGUUGUGGCUAGCAUGAAACAAGAGUCCUCCUCUCUUCCUUCCUCGCCAUUUAUGUCUGACAGGACUGAUUCAUUUGCCAGUGGAAGGAGGCUAAGCUUACAGAUUCCCCCUGAUGUUAACAGAUUCACAGCAUUUAGUGCAAAAGAGACCCGAGGAAGCCCAGAAUACAGAGCUCAGCCAGCUGAAAAUCAAGACAUGCUGAAAGGUCCAGGGGAAAGACCUUAUAUGGCUUCAACCUUUAAUACAUCCAGUGCUCAGGAUGCAGCUACGGACAGUAGCUAUACGUCUGGCAAUGAGCAGAAUGACAACCAAGCUGUUGGCAAAAAAAGAAGAGCAACCGGAGAGGGAUCUUCUCCUGAAAUACCAAGUUCAGAAAGAAAGAAUAAACGAAGGAAGAUUAAAGGCAAAAAAGAGCGUUCUCAGGUAGAUCAGUUGUUGUCUAUUUCCCUGAGAGAAGAGGAAUUGAGCAAGUCACUGCAGUGUGUAGACGGAAGCCUCUUACCAGCUCGAGCUGCUUUGCAGGCAGCUUAUAUUGAAGUCCAGAGGUUGCUUGUAAUGAAACAGCAGAUAUCGGUGGAAAUGGGCGCUUUGAGGAGCCAGAGAAUUCAGAUCCUGCAGGGGCUGCAAGAAACCUAUGAACCUUCUGAUCAGCUGCUGCAGCUUCAUCCAAAUGUCUCAGGUGAAAGAAGAAAUGGCAGACUUCAGCUAACACAAGACCUAAAUGCUAAUUCUAGCAUCCUGCCUCUCUUGGAAACUGCAUCACCUCUCUCUGCCCAGAUAUCCCCAGUUCCUUUGACAGUCCCUCUACAUGUAAACACACCACCUACAUUCCAAACCGCAGAUGGCAUUGGAGCUAUCACAGUUCCUGAUUCCUCCAUUCAAAUCAAGCAAGAACCUGCCUCUCCAAAGCUUAGAGAAGAGAAUGUGAAUGUUCCUGUGCAGAGCUCUCCAUGUUCUCCACUGGCAGAGCUUCCAUUUCAAGAUGGAAAUGCAGGACCUAAACCUUCACAGUACCCUGUUAUAUCUGCUACCAUGUCCUUGUCGGAACUCCUUGAUUUCCAGCAGUCUAAUGAAGAUACUCAGAAACCUACUCCAAACAAUGGGAAGACCAGCUUAUCUGGCUGCUCUUCCCCAAGUUAUUUACCAGUUUCAGUGAGGGCAGAAGGGAACAAAUCCCCAGCAGACAACACCAUCCAAGAACAGUGUAGUAGCUCCUUUCAAAGUCAGACCUUUCCCUCUGAAAUGCCUGUGGAUGAAGACUCUAAACAGACAACCGAACAGCAUGAGCAAAUGGCAGUCUCUACUCUGGUUUCCACAGAGAGCAAAGUGAGCAAGAAGAAGAAAAGGUUGAAGAAGAAGAAAGCAUUAAGAGCAGCCCAUGUGCCUGAGAACAGUGAUACAGAGCAGGAUGUAAGUGAUUCAAAACCUCUUCGGAAAGUCAAGGCAAUAAAGAUGCCCAAAGGAGAAAAGGUUACAACAUCCACUCCAAAGCAAGAGGGUACGGAGGCUGUUCCAGAAGGAAAGAGGAAGAAAGAUGGAAAUGAGAGUGACAUAUCUCUGGAAUUUGUAGAAGUCCCUAAAUUUCCUCUUGAAGUGGUGGCCAUCAGUUCAUCAGAGUCAGGAGAUGAGAAACCAGACAGCCCUUCCAAGAGAGAUGCCUUGAACUCUUCAGAGCCAGUUUUGAGAGAGGCAUCUCGAUCUGGCUAUGAUGAAGUGAGCUCUACUAGUGAGAUUGGAACAAACUAUAAGGACAGUAUUGGUAGAAGUGUGGCUGAGACUCAGACAUCCAUAUCAUCAAUCAGAGGAUCAAAAAACUCAUCAGAAGUCUCUUCAGAACCGGGUGAAGAUGAAGAACCUGCAGAAGGGGUGUUUGAGGGACAUUCCGCUGCAGUGAAUGCUAUUCAGAUUUUUGGAAACUUGCUAUACACUUGCUCAGCAGAUAAAACUAUCCGUGCAUAUAAUCUAGUGAACAGGAAAUGUGUUGGCGUCUUUGAAGGACACACUUCAAAAGUGAACUGUCUCCUGGUGACUCAGACAACAGGGAAAAAUGCAGCCCUUUAUUCUGGCUCCAGUGACCACAAUAUAAAUUGUUACAAUAUCAAGACUAAAGAAGUUAUGGAUCAAUUUAAAUUGGACGAUCGUGUCCUCUGUUUGCACAGUAGAUGGAGGAUUCUUUACGCCGGACUUGCAAAUGGCAAUGUGGUCACUUUCAAUAUAAAGAAUAACAAACAACUUGAUGUAUUUGAAUGCCACGGUCCUAGAGCAAUCAGUUGUCUAGCCACAGCCCAGGAAGGAGCACGGAAAUUGCUGAUUGUAGGGUCCUAUGAUUGCACAAUCAGUGUCCGCGAUGCCCGAAAUGGACUGCUGCUUCGAACCCUUGAAGGCCAUAGCAAAACAGUACUCUGUAUGAAGGUUGUGAAUGACCUGGUGUUCAGUGGUUCCAGUGACCAAUCUGUCCAUGCCCACAACAUACAUACGGGGGAGCUGGUACGGAUUUACAAAGGGCACAAUCAUGCAGUGACAGUUGUAAACAUCCUAGGGAAAGUGAUGGUCACAGCCUGCUUGGACAAAUUUGUUCGUGUUUAUGAGCUGCAGUCUCAUGAUCGUUUGCAAGUCUACGGAGGACAUUCAGAUAUGAUUAUGUGCAUGGCAAUUCAUAAGAGCAUGAUCUACACUGGUUGCUAUGAUGGUACUAUCCAGGCUGUGCGACUUAAUUUGAUGCAAAAUUAUCGUUGUUGGUGGCAUGGAUGUUCAUUGAUAUUUGGAGUUGUGGACCACCUGAAACAACAUUUGCUAAAUGACCACACAAACCCAAAUUUCCAAACACUGAAAUGUCGCUGGAAGAACUGUGAUGCUUUCUUCACCUCCCGAAAAGGUUCCAAGCAGGAUGCUGUGGGACAUAUCGAAAAACAUGCAGAGGACGAUAGCAAGAUUGACUCAUGACGUUUUUUCGCCUCCCACAUUGGGAAGUACUUUUUAUAUACUGGAAGUAUUCCAUGCCUCAUCCACCUCUUGCCCUUUCCUUUCUUUCUCCUCUUUAUAUUGGAGUGGGGAUGUAGGGCCGUUUUUGGUUUUUCUUAAACCUUUUUUUUUUGGUACAGAGAUGACAUUUUUGUGUGCAGCUCUGUAGAAAAGGGAGUAAUGGACACAGACCAAACAAAAAAAUUAUUUUACUUCAACAACAACAAAAAUCCUUUAUCUGCCUUUUCAAAGAAGUACACUGUGUGUGUCGUAAGAUUUGGUAUUCAGAGAAGUUCUUGGUGCUCACAUUGGUACCCAUCUGUUAUAUUGUAUGCAGGACCCUCCAGGUAUUUUAUACACUUUUAGUGUUAGACAAUUUUAAUUUUAAAAAAGGACAAGUACCACCACAUAAGCCUUGAGCUCUGUUUUCUUCCAUUACUUAUUUGUACCAUAUCUUCUGAUGAGAAAUUUUAAUAGGGGAGUACUAGAGUUUAAUGAGUAACUUCCUUUUUGAUCCUCAGUUUAUAUUGUGACUACCUGCAAUGCUGAAUGCUAAGUCUGCACAGGGAUUCAUUGCAAUACUUAACUUUCUGUACAUUUUAGCCCCCAAAGAGGCAUGCGAUAAUGGAGAACAUACUGCAUCAUCUAAACAGCCACAUUAUUGGGUUUCUAAACCCAGUUAGUCACUCUUUAUUUUUAAAUUGAUGGACACAUUGUGGAAAGACCAAUACAGAUGAUGUUUUCAGUUUGUAAACAUUGUUAUCUGUAAACAUAUAUUCAGUGCUCUUUUGACACAGUAAUGAGACUACAUCCUGGGCUCUGAAAGUUUAUUUUGUUAAUGUGUGACCCACUAACGUUUUAAAUUGCUGGGUUUUUGAGUCCUACAUUUUAUCUACUCACUCUUGUCCAGCUGACACAUAGGCACCCUAUGUUUUGAAAGCAGCAUUUUGGUGGCUAUCUUGUCCCACUAGCUUUUCCCCUGCUGAAUGCCCUACAUUUUCAAUAGGGUUAUCAUGCAAAAGAAAAGGCUGUUGGGUAUAAAACAUGAUUUUAGGUCCAAGAAGCCCAAGCAGAAGCUGUGUGUGUGUGUGUGUGUGUGGUGGGGGUGUAUUCCACCAUUUAGCUUAAGAUUGUUGGAAAACUAAUAUAAUUGGAAGACUGGUUUGCAAUGCAGUGAGUGUGUGUGUAUGUAUGAAAUGUGCACAUAGAACUAUUUUGGGAUUUGGGAACACUGUUGACCACUGUUUACUCUUAAAAUGGUUCUUUAGAUUAUAGCCAGUGUUCUCAACUUGUUUCAGUCUCUCUCUGGCAAGGAAAGCUUGAGAGUCUAAUAACAGCCUAGAAAUGGUUGGCUGUAAAGGUUUUGACUUGUAGCUUUACUUCUAGAUGAAGAGCGAAGGGUGUUGUAAUCAGCAUUUGAAAACAAAAGGUAAUGAUCACAUAAGGAAAUAGCAGGUGGAAGUUGCUCUUCAUGGUUACGUUGAUACCUUGGCAAAGUACUAUGUGGUGAUAAAGGUUUUGACCACUUACUCCAAUAUUUUUAUUGCAUAUUGAGGCUUUUUAGCUUACCAAAAGUCACUUUUUUCAUAGCUAAAUCUGGCUUUCAUGUAGUCUUUUGAAGAUCUUGUGCCGAUAUAGUGAAUGAGUGUGUGAUCUUUUCUUUUUACCAUGCCUCUCUAAUCUUGGAAAGGAUGCACUAUCCCCCUUCUGCCCAUCCCACACCUCAAAAUUGGCCAUCUUUGUGGUUUUGGAGACUCUCAAAGCAGUUCACAAUCUAUCGGUAAGGUUCUUCGUUGAGAAGACUUUUCCAGAAUUGGUGAUCCGUAUCUGGGACUUCUUUCUAUUUUUCUUCUGUUUACAAAAGGUUUCUGACUAGGGUUCAUUUCUUCAUGUUGGUCAUUUUUGACAACUUUUAUUGAGAGAGAAACUGGAGGAAACCAUAAAUUGAGCAGCUUUUUUUUUUUUUAACCCUACAAAAAUUGAAGCCAUCUCUAGUCAAAUGUGAUUUGAAGUGCAGAACAGGCUGUAAUGACACGUAUGUGGAGUGCAGUGGUGGUAUACUUGUCUUGAGGUUAAGCUAGUUAGUAGAUUUUAAUUUUGCAUCCUCUUCAAGUUUUUUUUGGAGGAUCCUUUAUUUGAAGCGGGUGACUGUUUGCAAAAAUGUAUACAUGUUCUUUUCACAACAUUUAUUGUUGCAAGUGAUGCCCUUUUUGCAUCCUCUGCUUGGGUUCUUGGUUGUUGUAAUACAGGCAUGUGUUUGUGUUUAGAUGAGUAUACAAAUUUUUUUCCUUUUAAUCCAUUUCUGAACUACCCUAGAUAAUUUGUGCUCAUAUCUUGCCAAAGAUUAGUUCCCAUAUGUUUGCCUUUGUUUUGAGAGUGAGAAGAACUGCUUUGAACCAGGUUGUAAUACAUGUUCACAAAUUCAUAUUGGCUCUGAGAAAGUUACAGAAGGUCUCUUCACAUCACUACAUGGUAAACAUAUUUCCACUAGAGCCUCAUCCUUCAUUCACAUUGUAAAAUGUUCUUCUCGUAUAGUUCAGGGAUGUUUGAUUUUUGGUUUGAGGUUCUGCUUUCUGUACUUCUACCUCUCUAGUAGUAGGUGAGCAUGUUCUUCUAGAUUCUGCCUGAAACCGUGGGGAGCAAGACAAAAAAAGUUAUUUAUUAAUUGUGGAAUUAUGAUGUAGGAGUCUCAAGACAAUUUAUUCUGUUGGCUGUCAAGCUAAUGAAGGUUCUAGAGUUCUGGCAUUGUUCCACAAAGAAGUUGUAGUUACCUUGAGAGAGUUUGAAAAAGUGCAAUUUUUCAAGAAAAAAAACACACAGGCUUUUGUCUUGAAAGAAAGGAGGUGGAAAUGAAGUAGCUAGAGGGAAUUGUGGAGUGUGUUUGGAUUGUGGGAAGUGUGUUAACUUUACGUAUUGGCUACUGAUUGAAUGAGCUGUAAUAGGGUGUAUAUGAAGUGAAUUUGGACUGCAUUGCCUACAUACUUUCCCAAUGCAAUAAGCAUUUUAUUCUGUUUUGUUUUAUUUUAUGAAUGUUAAGUAUUUUGUGUGUGCACAAUAGUUGUGCUUUGGAGAGAAUGGUUGUAUACUUUAAGGGAAUUUCUCAGUUAUUCAGCUAUUUGUAUUUUUGUGCCAACAACUAAAUUUCAGUUCAUACCCCAGCUUCUAUUUACCCCUUGAGACAAAUGCUUGGGCUUGAAGAAUAAAUUUCUAAAUGGUUGGGAUAAAAAUACCAGUCCACGUCUCAGUUGGUCUGUGGCAAAACUCCCAGCUUAAUGGCUCUGGAUGGCAUUCUAAGUGUCAACUAAAAUAUAAUUUCACUUUUGCCUCUGUGGGUGUGCAGCAGGGGUGCUUUAAGUUCUAGAACCCUCGCACGUUCAGUGGCAUUUGGUUAAAAAUAAGUGUGAAAGCAAUAGACAACCAAUCGCUAGCUUGUUCUAAACUUUGGGUUCGCCAAAUUUACAUCUUAGCAGAAUGACUUUCCGUAUAGCAUAUAAGCAGGCAGAACUAUAAACUUCUCAUUUUCCUUCAUGUACAGUAUCAUGAUUUGAUCACAACCACUGUGUCUCAAACUGUAUACCUUUUUGAGGUCAGGAACAGAUUAUGGUGGCUAUAAAAAUAAUAAUGAUACUAGAUCAAUUAAAGAAAAAACUGCAUAGGAAUAUAUUCAAUAACAUUUACUGGCAGCUUUUCCCAACUUAUUUUGUUACAGUAGGAAGAUGUAUUUGCCUUUUCUCACAAGUAAAGAUGUAUGGCUCAUGUACACAGAAUAACUUGGUCUUUCAUUUCCUUUUUUCACUACAAAGCUGUGAACUUCAUAAAACAAAAAAACCCAUAAAAAUAAAACUUUAUACCAACAAA